GAAGAGGUAUCGGUAAUAUGUCGCUUUCAUUGAACAAACGCAAAUAGAAGUCUAUAAAAUGUUCAUGCCGAGAGCCCUUAAAGUGAAGAGACCAGCAGAGGGCUCAAAUACAGCUUUGAAGAAGAAAAGUAAGGUUGAUGAGGAGGAGAAGAAUGAUGAAGGUAGUUCAUUGAUGCCUGCUCAGAAGGAGGAAGCACAUGAAGACACCAAAACGCAAAAUGAGACACUACAAACAGGUGGAGACUCUGCAGCUUUGACAGAGAGCCCACCACAUGAAGAGAGACAUGAGCCCCCCUCAGGUGAUAUAGAGGCGGCAGAGGAGGAGGAGGAGGAGGAGGAGGAUGAGCCAGUCAAAUCUUUCAAGAAGAGCCAGAGAUGGCCGGAGCCAGGGGAGCCCAUCUGUGUGAUGUGCGGUCGCUAUGGGGAGUACAUUUGUGACAGCACUGACAAUGACGUUUGCAGUCUUGAAUGCAAAGCCAGCCACUUGGUCAAAAUGGGAAUGGGGAUUGGGGUUGAUGUGUUUAACUGUAAGGACACAGGUGGAGGUGAAAGGACUCAACCGCAACAGGCUGCAGUUGAGACUGGUGGAGCGGAUGAACUUAAAACACACUAUGUUUACAGGGAAGAUCGGUUCAUAUCAGGACUAACAGAUGAACAGGUGCAGCGGAUUAAACAGGAGCUGGGCAUUGAAACCCAGGGGAGAGAUGUGAGCAGACCUAUUGUGGAGUUUGAACACUGUGGCUUCCCUGCUACACUGCAUGGCAACCUGAAGAAGGCCAACUACAAGACACCUACACCAGUCCAGAUGCAGAUGGUGCCUGUUGGUCUCAGCGGCAGGGAUGUGAUUGCCAGUGCUGACACAGGCUCAGGGAAAACUGUGGCCUUCCUGCUGCCAGUUGUAGUGAGAGCACUGGAGAGACCAGUACACAGCCUGCGUAGCCCCGUGGCUCUCAUCCUGACCCCCACCAGGGAGCUGGCCAUUCAGAUAGAGAAGCAGGCUAAAGAACUGGUGAUGGGCCUCCCCAACAUGAGAACUGCCUUGCUGGUGGGCGGCAUGCCGCUUCCCCCACAGCUCCACCGCCUCAAGAGCAGCAUCAAAAUUGUCAUUGCCACACCUGGGCGACUCCUUGAGAUCUUGAAGCAGAAAGCAGUACAGCUGGACCGAGUGAAGGUGGUUGUGGUUGAUGAGGUGGACACUAUGCUGAAGAUGGGCUUCCAGCAGCAGGUACUUGAAGUUUUGGACCAAGUCUCUGAAGAACAUCAGACUCUGCUGGCAUCAGCCACCAUCCCAACAGGGACAGAGGAACUGGCUGCCCGGUUGGUUCGUGACCCUGUCCGUAUUGCUAUUGGAGAGAAGAACCAGCCCUGUGCCAACAUCAGACAGAUCCUUCUGUGGGUAGAGGAACCCUCCAAGAAGAAGAAGCUAUUUGAGAUUCUCAAUGACAGUAAACUGUACCAGCCUCCAGUGGUGGUGUUUGUAGACUGUAAACUUGGGGCUGAUCUGCUGUGUGAAGCAGUCGCCAAGGUGACAGGCUUCAAUACUGUGGCAAUCCACUCUGACAAGACUCAGUGGGAACGCAACCGCAUCCUCAGGGGACUUCUGGAUGGAGACUUUGAAGUGGUCAUCAGUACAGGUGUGCUUGGCAGAGGACUGGACUUAGUUAAUGUCAGAUUGGUGGUUAAUUUUGACAUGCCAAACACCAUGGAUGAGUAUGUCCAUCAGGUGGGCAGGGCAGGUCGGCUGGGACACAGAGGAACCGCCAUCACCUUUAUCAACAACAACAAUAAAAGGCUAUUCCUGGACGUGGUGAACAGGGUCAAACCUACAGGCUCCAUCUUGCCCCCACAGCUCCUCAACUCACCCCACCUUCAUGAGCAGCAGAGGAGGGAAAGACAAAAAGCCAAACUGGAGUCGGAGGAUACACUGGUCACCAAGAACAACCUCAUAGACAUCAUAAGGAAACAUGACCGUCGCAAGAAAUAAUGUAUUCUGUCAAUCAUUCUUAG